CCCCUGCGCCCCGACUGGACAAACGGCAGCCCAGCCCGGCCCCGGAGCCCACGCGAGGGCCUGAGCCGCGCGAGUCGUAGCUCUGAGAGCUGAGUGUCAGGCUUCUGCUUCGGAGGGCCGGCCUCGGCUCGAACCCAGCACCUUCCGGGGAUGGCAGCUGCCAGGCCCUGCCUGGGCCGAGUCCUCCCGGAGUCGUCCAUCCUGUUCCUGUGCGACAUGCAAGAGAAGUUCCGCCACGUCGCCUACUUCCCACAGAUCGUCGCCGUGGCCGCCCGCAUGCUCAAGGUGGCCCGUCUGCUGGAGAUGCCGGUGGUGCUGACGGAGCAGUACCCACAACGCCUGGGCCCUACAGUGCCAGAGCUGGGGGCUGAGAGCCUACAGCCACUGGCCAAGACCUGCUUCAGCAUGGUGCCCGCCCUGCAGCGGGAGCUGGACAGCCGGCCACAGCUGCGCUCCGUGCUGCUCUGCGGCAUCGAGGCACAGGCCUGCAUCCUGCACACGGCGCUGGACCUCCUGGAUCGGGGGCUACAAGUGCACGUGGUAGUGGACGCCUGCUCCUCGCGCAGCCAGGUGGACCGGCUGGUGGCGCUGGCCCGCAUGCGGCAGAGCGGCGCCUUCCUCUCCACCAGCGAAGGCCUCAUCCUGCAGCUGGUGCAAGACGCGGCCCACCCCCAGUUCAGGGAGAUCCUGAAGGUCAUCAAGGAGCCCGCCCCCGACAGCGGGCUGCUGGGCCUCUUCCAAGGCCAGAACCCCCUCAUCAGCUGAGCUCCCAACCCUGCCUUGAGGGGAGACCACCCUUCUGCUACCCGGACCCGGCUGAAAGCCCUUUCCCCCCCACCCCAGGAUCCCAAGAGUGGUGCAGUCCACCAAGAGUACGCCCCCUCGGGAGGGGAGGCGGGCUGCUGCCUUCUCAUUGGGCGGCUGCUCCCGGAAAUGCAAAUGAACUCCUGGAAGUAGGGCGGGAGUUGGCUGAGCUGUGGUGGGGGCGGGGCUCGGCC